UUUGCAUGAGUAGACCACAUAAUUAUUUCAAAAUUGAUAAUUAAACAUUUUAAUUAAGUCUUACUGUUAAAAAGCUAUAUUAUAUACAGAGUAGAACAUAUUUAGCUGACAACUUAAAAAAAAAAUUGAAGUGCAAUUUUAGUUGUAUCAAAAGUUUUAAGAGUUGUCAGUUAGACCUAUUCUACCAUUUGUAUUAUUCAUGUAUAUAUACGGCGAAAAUAGUAAAUACAAAAAAUCUGAGUAAUAUAAACAUUUUUUACGGUGUUGGGAGCUUAUAAAAGAAAGUGACUAUUUCUUCACUAAAAGUGCUAAGUAUAAGUAUAAAUGAAAAACAAGAACUGUUAUUCAGUGAUAAUCAAUUCCAUAAUGCUUGUCAGUGAUAUCAAAAUAAUCAUAUUAAGACUUUUUAUAAUUUUUUUAAAGUAUACAAAUUUUAUUGUAGCAAAUGAUUUAAUAGACUUGCAUUGUAAUUUUUCGAAAUAUAUGUUAAAUUACUUCAAGUACAGUGAAAAAUAUUUGUAUAACUUUGAAAACACAAUUUCUGAACUUGAACUAAGAAAUUAUGGAUUAGCAAUCAAAUCGCAUGAUGAUAUCAUAAUGAUCAUGUUAGAUGCGUUGCGAGAAUUAGAUGAGAGCUAUAGAGCAUCAGAUUUAAUAGCGGUAAAUUUAUACUUAAACAAUGUUUCAGGCUCCUUAAACAUGAUCGCAAAAGGCAAAAAUGGCGAAUUCGGUAAAUCUGAGAGCACUCAGUGUUUACUUGAAGGAUAUAAAAUAAUUCACCAAUCAAUUGUUAGACGAUUGGAAUACAUUAUUAAUAAUGAAUGUACGGAUGUAUCAUUUGAAAAUGACUUCAUAUCCUACACCUAUUUUAAUGUAAAGAUUAUUUGCAAUUCAAUUAACUUGCUUCGUGUCUUGGAACAACUGAAAAACAAAGUAUUUAUUGUUAUGAACGAAUAUAUAUUAUGGUACGAGGCGAAAGAUGAAGAAAUAUUAAACAGUUACAAUAACAUUGUGAAACAUUUGUCGUUGUCUUUUUAUAGACAAUCAUAUAAUAAUUUUAAUCCUAAAAAUAUCUUAUUUUAUGAUUUAAUGGAAAACCGAUCUAAUUUUUGCGAGCUAGAAUUAUCGUCAGGCUCUCAGACAAAACAAACAGCCAUCUGUGAUGAAAAUUAUCGUCUUAAAGAUAUUUUAGACAUGUUAAGAUAUGCUUCAGUUAACAAAAAAGCUAGUAACAAUUAUCGUAUAAAGUUGUUUGAUAUUUUCCGGUAUAUCAAGUUUGAUUUUAACCCGAAAAACGUGCAGGUAUAUAUUGAAAUGGUAAAUGCAGCAACAGUUCGUCCUGUCAUAUUCCUUGUACGUUAUUAUAUGCAUUUAAUAAAUAGCUUUAUAUCAAAUCAAUAUCUUUAUGAUCUAAAAUUUAAGUUUGAAAUAAAAAUAAAAAUUAUUGAAUUAGGUGAAAAUAUCCUUGAAAAAUUUAAAUCUUUUAUGGAUUUGAAUUUAUUUACAAAAUUGUUAAAGUUAUGGUUAGACGAAUUUUAUAAUAGGAUAUAUUAUAUAAUAUCCAUCUACAAAGAACGUAAUGAUUUAUUUUUUCAUAAAGAAAUAGAAAUAUUUUUAAAAACAUAUUUUGCGUUUUUAAAAAAAAAUUUUUUAAAAAGUCAAUUAAAAAAGUUACAUAAAUAUAAAAUUACCAAAGAUAAUAUAUGUGAAAUAUAUGAUUCAUUAGAACAUCGUAUAAAUGAAAUUGCAUUAUACAAUGAAAAAUUGAAAAAAUAUCAGGAUUGUUUUGAGAUUGUAAAUAGAUACCUUCCUAUAAAACACAGAGAUACACGUUCAGUUGUAAAAUUCAAGUAUAACAUUCCAUUUGAACAAUUAGGAUAUUAUGAAGAUAUAUAUCAUUCACUUUAUUAUCAUGUUGAUGACACCAAAGAUAACAAAAAAUAUUACAAUGAAACCUCAAUCGAAGAAAAUAAUGAUACUAAAGAACCUUGUGAUAAUAAUAAGAAUGUUACAAUACAAAAUGAAGCCCAACACAUUCCUAAAUACUUGAUAGAUUAUAUACUUUUUGUAUAAUAUAUCAAAUGUUAGCUCUUCCUCUGAUAAAUACAUUGUUAAUUCAUAAUAAUUUUAUCCGGUCUAUCAGCCUAGAAUAAACAAGGAAAUUAAAUAAUAUUUUUAAGCUUGUUAUACAGAAAUAAUAGACAUACUAUUUGUGAUGGCAUUAUGAUUUUUAAAAUAAUGUUCCAAGUGAUCAAUAUCUCCUAAAUCAACCCAGAAGCUUAUAUUAUUAUAACGUAUUAAUAAAUGUCAAAACUAUAAAAGAUUUUAUACCAAAAAAGUUCAAUUCUAACCAAAAAAAAAAAAAUGUUCAAUCAACUUAUAAAAUAAGCACUCUGUACUGAAACCUAAAUUUGAUAGGUUAAGGGAAAAUCUUUAGUUAUUUAAUAGAAAUUUGAAAAAAAAAAAAGAAAUAUAUAUAUAUAUAUUAGGGUGGCCCUCAAAAAUCGAAUGUCUUUUUUUUCUUUAUGCUACCCCUUAAUUUUUUUUUUAAUGGUCAAAAAAAUGAGCUGUGCAAAAUUUGGGACCGAUCCGUUAAGGUUAACCCGUGCCCCCGGGCCUAUUAAGUUG